GCGAUACAUGUAUCCCAGUGUAAACGUACCUUUAGAGAUUAAUCUCACAACUAAUAGAACUAACACAGGAUUUCACGCCUUACUACGAAUAGUGUGCAGUCAACGCAGUGAAACCGAAGGUGCACGUGUGUUGUUAUCGGUCUUUGUGCACUUAAAAACUCGUGUUAAUUGUGUGUAUAUGGUUGUGUGCGUGUUUUAAAUAGCUGGAAGGGUUCUGUUUUAACUGUUGAUCUGCCCAGCGGUGUCACAUAUCGCGAGAUUUUAAAGGUAACUGCAAAAAUGGACGAAAUACUUCAAGACAGCCGAUUUGCCCAUAUUGUGAAGGAUCCUCGAUUCAGGAGAAUACCAAAACAUGAGAGAAAAGUGAAAAUUGACAAAAGAUUUCAGUCCAUGUUCAAAGACAAAAGGUUCAAAGUGAAGUACACAAUUGAUAAAAGAGGCCGCCCAACAAACACGUCGUCAGCAGAAGAUCUGAAACGUUACUACGAUAUCUCGUCCAGUGAUGAAGUGUCUGAUUCGGAAAGUGAUGAGCAAAUUGUUAAGUCUAAAGAAAAAUUAAAGAAAAUCAAACAGAAGAAAAAGAGGAGUGAAGAAAAUGGUAUUAAAGAAAAAGCUGCACUACGUAAAUCUACGUACGAUGAAUCGGAUAGCAGCCCAGAACUGCAAGGAGAAAAUGAGGAUGUUAGUAGUGUGGAUGGGAAUGACGAACUGAGCGCAGAUGUAAAUUUGUCAGAUAAGGUUAAAGAUAAACUCCACGAUAUGACCAUUGACUACGCUCGUGGUGAAGGUGUUCUGCUAUCUGAUAGCUCUUCGGAUGAUGAUUCUGAAAGUGAAGGUGCUUCCGAUGACUCUGAAGAUGUGGAACACGACUGGGGAGAGCUGGAUAAGGAUGCGGAUACGACCCAAGAGGCGACUCGGAGGAUAGCGAUCUGCAGCAUGGACUGGGACAGGGUGCGUGCUCAGGACCUGCUGGUGCUGUUGUCAUCAUUCCUCCCAAAAACUGGCGGCGCAGUCGAAAAAGUUACGAUUUACCCUUCAGAAUUUGGCCUACAGCGUAUGAAGGAAGAAGAAGUGAAAGGACCUUUAGAACUCUGUGAAAACAAGAAAGCAAAUAGUGAUGAAGAAGAAAGCACACUUGAAGAUAAGGAUGAGGAUGAAACAGAGGAGGGCAGACGUUACCACAUGGAGAAGCUACGGCGUUAUCAGUUGAACAGGCUGAAGUACUUCUAUGCCAUUGCCGAGUGCGACAGUGUAGCUACUGCUGAACACGUUUACAAUGAGUGUGAUGGCCUGGAAUAUGAGAGCUCUGCCACUAAGCUCGAUCUCCGGUUUGUACCUGAUGACAUGACAUUUGACCAGGAGCCACGAGACAGCUGUGACAGCUUACCAGAACCUGGGAAGUAUGCACCCAAGCUGUUUACUAACACAGCUUUGCAACAAGCCAAAGUUGAGCUCACAUGGGAUGAAACGGACCCUCAACGAGUCGAUAUCACACAGAAACUGCAGACGGUAAAAAAUAUAGAUGAAAUAGACGAUGCAGACCUGCGUGCCUACCUUGCAUCGUCAGGAUCAGAUGAGGAGGAACGAGAUGACCAACAUAAUGCGGAAGAGGACAAAUUGUCAUCAGAAGAAGAACAGUCGAAGAACGGUGACAUGUUGUCGCGCUACAAACUGCUGGUGGAGGAGGCUGAGCGCCAGGAACAGGCCAAGAAAAAGAGGGCAGAGGAUGUCCAGAUGGAAGUGACGUGGGGGCUGGGCCUGAAGGAGAAGACGGAGAAGCUGGUGAAAGAACGGCUCAAGUCGGGUGGCAGCCAGGCCACGCCUUUCGAGGAGAUGCUCGCCAAGAAGCGCGAGAAGAGGAGGCAGCGCAGGGAGGAGAGAAAGAAAUUGAAGCAGCAGAGCCAUCAGGAGGAGAAUGGAGAAGCUGUACCUUUCAGUGAUGAUGAAAUUCCCUCAGAUAUAGACAUGAGUGAUCCGUAUUUUAAGGAGGAACUGAAGGAUACAGUGCCAAAUGAAAAUAAGAAAAAGAAAAGGAAACGGCAAGACCGUGGUGAUGAUAAUGAUAACGACGAUGAAGAAGAAAAACGAAGAAAGGCUGAAUUGGAGCUUCUAAUGCUGGAAGAUGGUGGUCAGGAGAGCAAGAAGCAUUUCAGUUUAAAAUCUAUUCAAGAAGCGGAAUCUGGCAGCAAAAAGAAGAGAAAGAAGAAGAAACUAGGAAAGAAAGCCAAGAAAGAGGAACAACUUGCCAUUACAGAGGAUGAUUUCCAGGUGAAUGUAAAUGAUGAGAGGUUUUCUGCUCUGUUCUCAUCCCACCACUACAAUAUCGACCCAACAGAUCCUCAUUACAAACAAACGAAAGGCAUGGAAGCUCUGCGAAAAGCAAAACUGGAAAGGAGGCAUCAAGAGGAUGAUGAGGAGGAGGUUAAGUUACGUCAAAGUAAUACCGAUCAGAAGGACACGAUGUUAUCACAGCUUGUCAAAUCUGUCAAGAUGAAGACACGUGGUCUUGUGAAAUGACCCCGUUGAGAAGUUAUCAAAAAUUGUAUUUAUUUAUCACCGAAUUCUCCUUGUAAUAAAACUGUUAAAUAUAAUUUGUUUUUAUUUAUA